UUUCUCGUUUCUUCUUCCUUUUUCUUUCUCUCUCUCUUUCUAUCUCCAUUGUUUCUCCUCUCUCAUUUCUUCGCCAAACCCAUCUCUUAGAACCCUAGCCCCAAAUUCACGGCAACAAGGACGGAAAGUCGGCAACGAGUACGGAUACCAGCUCAUCGGCUCGAGCUCGAGCUCGGAAUACAGAGUCGGGCUCGAGCUCGACUCGUUGCCACCCCUACUGAGUCACAUCUACCAGCAAAAUGUGUGUUGAUUUUUAAGUUUGUUUGUUUUCGUAGUCAAUUGUUUCAAGAUAGUGAACUUAGAAAGUUGAAGAACAUAUAAUGGGUGAGGCUGAUGAUGGUUUGAAGUCAAAGAGGGUAGUCUUUGUGACUGUUGGGACGACCUGUUUCGAUUCCUUGGUUAGAGCUGUAGACACUCAGGAGGUUAGAGAAGCAUUGUUCAAGAAGGGCUAUACUCACCUCGUCAUUCAAAUGGGUCGAGGGUCUUACAUCCCCACAAAGUCUACCGGAGAAGACGGGUCCCUUUCUGUGGAUUAUUUCACAUUUUCGUCAAGCAUAGCUGAGUUUUUGAAGUCCGCAUCUCUCGUUAUUAGUCACGCAGGUUCAGGAAGCAUAUUUGAGACGUUGAGACUCAGAAAACCCCUCAUUGUUGUAGUUAACGAGGAUUUAAUGGACAAUCACCAAAGCGAGCUGGCUGAAGAAUUGGCGGAAAGAAAGCAUUUGUUCUGCGCUCGUCCCCAAACACUUUAUAAGACCAUUUCUGCAAUGGAUUUGGAUUCUCUUGUAGCUUAUCAACCUGGUGAUGCUACGCCGGUUGCUAAAUUUAUUAACAGGUUUCUAGGUUUCACCGACGAAUGACAAGGAAAUGUAACAUACAGUUUCACUGUUUACGUUAAAUGUUUACUUAUGAAAAAUCGAUACGUUACUUAGUUAACUUUGUAAUGUGCGCUGAUUUAGAAUCAUGAUAUCAUUGUCGAGGGGACUACUUACUGAA